AUGGCAGUCUGGAUUAGGCUAUCGGAUCUCCCGAUGGAGUGCUUCAGGGAUGAUAUCCUCAAGAUGAUUUUAUCGCAGGUGGGCAUUCCUCUCAAACUGGAUCGUACAACGGAAGGGAUGGAGCGCGGCAGGUUCGCGAGGGUGGCUGUUGAAGUGGAUCUCUCCAAACCCUUGGUAGCGCUUGUUCAAGUCCAUGAUUGGCUUCAGAAAGUAGAGUUCGAGGGGCUCCAUUUGAUUUGUUUUGAUUGCGGUGAAGUGGGGCAUCGAUCUUCUGCUUGCUCUAAAAAUAAACCUAGAGAUGUGGAAGGAGGCGGGAGUGACUCAGGCGAUACGGUUACUCCCCAGGCGGGUAUGGAAGUGGACGUUGAGAAAUCAAUGACCCCAACUAAAUUGCAUGGCGCUUGGAUGAUAGUCAAACGCAAGAACAGAGUAAGAGAUGGCGGUAAUGGUAACGCGAGAAUGAUCCAGAAGCAGGGUAACAGAAAUCUAGACAAAGGUAAACAGGCUGAAGGGGGUUCCCGUCCUCAAGGCUCUGUUACAGCUACUCCUCCUCCGGCCAAUGGUGGUUCGCCGCAACCAGGUUCUGCCAGAGAAGGUUUGCCCCCUCGUUCUCGUCCUCCACCAACAGCCAUGCGAAAGGGGAGGCAGUCGUCCCAAGGUCCUAUCAAUGGUGUUCCCCCGCCGCCUAGAACGCCGACGGUAGGACGGUCUUCCAGCACCCCCUCAGGUAAGCCGCCUGACGUGCAACCUCUCUCUACAGCCAAUUAUUUUGGAUGCUUGCAGGAGUUGGAAGGCCUAGUUGAUACUCCAAUUCUGGUGGACGAGAAGUCUAACACCAGGAACUUGUCGAAAGGUUUUGCUGGUGGUCUAACCCUUUUUUGGAGAUCUAGCAUCUUUAAUUUUGCAGUGAUCAGGAAUACAUCUCAAGCUAUCCAUGGUUUGGUGAGUGGGCCGCACUCAAACGUUCGGGUCUCGUUCGCUUACGUGAGGCCGAAUAGGAUGGCAAAAGAGAGGUUUUGGAACGACUGCUUGAGCUAUAGUUCCGAGUUUAAUGCCCCUUGGAUCAUGAUGGGAGACUUCAAUGAUAUUGCUGACAACCAAGAACAAUGGGGGAGUAGCUCAGUCAAUCCUAGUCGUUGUCUGAACUUCGUGGAGAGCUUUAGUGCUUGCGGUCUCUUAGAUAUGGGGACUUCAGGUGUCAGCUACUCAUGGUUUAGACAAGAAGGGGGAAGGACGGUGCAGCGUAGGAAGCUGGAUAGGGCUUUGUGGAAUCUCGAAGCCCAAAAUCUUUUUCCAGAAGCCAAAGCGAUUAUCUUACCUAGAACCCACUCGGAUCACCAUCCCCUAAAGUUUCUUUGUGAAGCAGGGAAUCCCCCACGGAGGGAAAACCGACCGUUCCGUUUUGAGGGUGCCUGGUUGACACGAGAAGAUUACAGGGAUAUUUGGGGCAGAGUUUGGAGUAACAGUCUCUUGGAUGUGGUGGGAGCCAUUUCUGAGGUCACCAAUCUUAGCAAGAAAUGGAAUAAAGAAACGUUUGGCAACAUUUUUGGACGUAAAGCUAGCCUUCAGGCACGCAUUAAAGGGGUCCAGGAAUCAGUCUUUUACAACACCUCGAGAGGUCUUCAAGUGUUAGAGAGAAAGUUAGUGACAGAGCUUAAUGAGGUUCUGAAACAAGAAGAACUGCUUUGGUUCCAAAAAUCCAGGCGUAUGUGGAUCCAAGAUGGUGAUAGAAAUACAGCCUUUUACCAUAAAUCCACUCUUAUAAGACGGAACAGGUCUAGGAUACGGAUGUUAAAAAUUAAUGGUGAGUGGAAUUCCGAUUUUAAAACAAUUUCCGAUCAUAUCUCUAAUUUCUUUAUAGAUUUGUUUGGCAGGAAAAAUAUCAUGGACGGUUCACCCAAUGAUAUGUACUGUGGGCCCAAACUUGAUACUGGCCAAAUGCACAAGCUCACGCGGGAAGUGACAAUGUGUGAAGUCAAAAAGGCGGUGUUUGAUAUGAAGAAAUUUGGAAGCCCGGGACCGGAUGGUAUACAAGCGGCCUUCUAUCAAACUUUUUGGGAGGAAGUUAAAUCUCAUAUCACUACCUUUGUCAAAAAAGUUCUCCGAGAUGGUAGGGUCCCUCCUAAAAUCCUUGAGUCUUUCAUCACUCUCAUUCCUAAAAAAGAUAGCCCAGAAACUGCUAGCGAUUUUAGGCCGAUCACCCUCUUGAACGUUAGUUUCAAAAUUAUCUCGAAAGUGAUCGUGAACCGCAUGAGGCCCAUCAUGAAAAAUCUGAUUGGGCCCUUCCAAAACAGCUUCCUCCCGGGGAGGUCUACGGCGGAUAAUAUCAUCCUGACCCAAGAAAUUGUCCAUUAUAUGCGGCUCAAAAAAGGGAAAAAAGGGCUUAUGGCAAUCAAACUUGAUCUCCAUAAGGCCUAUGACAGUAUUGACUGGGAGUUCCUGGAAUCCACAUUGGUGGAUUUCGGGUUCCCCCAGAAUCUGAUCAGUUUGAUUAUGUUUUCAGUAAGGGAAAGCUCCAUCUCCCUCCUUUGGAAUGGUGAGAAACUUGCGCCCUUCCAACCUGGUAGAGGCCUCAGACAAGGCGAUCCUCUGGCACCCUAUCUUUUCAUUCUAGCGAUGGAGAGGUUGUCUUGGGACAUACAAGAGAAGGUCAGAGUUAAGAAUUGGAAACCCAUUACGCUAUCCAGAGGAGGGACGGGUGUUUCCCACCUCUUCUUUGCUGAGGAUCUCAUGCUGUUUGCUGAAGCCUCGGAGGAUCAGGGGCGGAUGAUAAUGAACUGCCUGAAAAAAUUUUCUGGUAAGUCUGGGCUCAAUAUCAACGUUUCAAAAUCUAAUAUUUUCUGCAGCCCUAAUACUAACUCGGAAAUCAAGAGAGGCCUCAAAAACUUGACUGGGAUCUCAGUUUCCGAUAAUUUGGGCACUUACCUGGGAAUCCCUAUUCUGCAUAAGAGAGUCUCCAAACAUACCUUCGGCUAUAUCCUUGAUGGUAUGAAACGAAAGUUAGCCAAUUGGAAAGGUAAUAUGCUUAGCCUUGCGGGGCGGCGGACUUUGGUUCAAUCUGCGUUGUCCUCUAUGCCUGUCUACACCAUGCAGGUCUUCAAGCUCCCGGCGGGAACCUGUAAUGAUAUUGAUAGAAUUUGUAGAGACUUCCUUUGGGGCGACUCGGCUCAGAAUAAAAAAGUUCAUCUCGUUGGGUGGAAUGAUAUUUGUAAAUCGAAAGACGCAGGGGGUCUGGGGCUCCGUAAAUGUUUGGACUUUAAUAAUGCUCUCUUGGCCAAGCUUGCCUGGCAAUUGGUCACCAGUCAUGAUAAGCUGUGGGUGAAGGUGAUGAGGGAGAAAUAUGUCAAAAAUAAAAAUUUUUUUGCCACCCCAAUGAUUGCUAAUGCGUCUUGGGGGUGGAGAAGCAUCAUGAGAGGAAGGUCCAUCGUUGAACUUGGUGCUGCUUGGAGAAUUGGUAAUGGGCUCUCCCUGAAUUUCUGGUCAGACUGGUGGACUGGUGACAAACCCCUUGCAUUCAUGGACGAGGUUACUAUACCGGACUCGCAAUCGGAGGCUAAAGUCAGCGACUUCAUACUCCCCAACCGGACGUGGAAUGUCGAUAAACUUUCCUCCCUCUUGCCACACGAUAUUAUCGACGGGAUUAGGGCCACCCCCAUCGCCGUUUGCGAACAGGUAAGUGACUCUCUCUACUGGCCGAGAUCACCUACGGGUGCCUUCUCGGUGCGGAGUGCUUUUUCUCAUAUUGCAGGUAACGAUGAGGACGCCAUGGACACAAGCUGGGUCUGGAAGAUGCGUGUCACAGAGAGAUGCAGGCUUUUCUUGUGGCUCUUGAUGAGAGGCAGACUUCUCACCAACAUGGAACGCUGGAGAAAGGGGAUGACAGAGGAUACUUUGUGUGCGACCUGUGGCGAUGGUGAUGAGACGAUGAACCACGUGCUGAUGGAGUGCAGUUUCGCGAAGGAUUGUUGGAGAAGAACGCAUCACCCGGUUUCCUUCCAGUACAGCUUGGUCACGCCGUUGAAGUCUUGGGUUAAGAAUAAUUGCUGCGCGUCUGAUUGGAUCAAUGGCUGCCCUUGGGGGGUGACAUUCAUCUAUACAUGCUGGGAGAUUUGGAAAGCCCGAAACCAGAGGAUCUUCGAAAACACAGCCUCGGCUCCGAUGGAUAUCAUGCGACGUGCAAACAACCUGACCUUAGAUACAGUUGAGGUCUUUUUAAAUAAGAAGUGUGUUCAUGUGGGGAAGAUGCGGUGGGUGUGUUGGCAACCACCGGAAACUGGUUGGAUCAAGUUUAAUACUGAUGGUGCUUUCAAGAGAAACACGGGACUGGCAAGCGCUGGGGGGCUCGCUCGUGAUCACAAAGGGGAGUGGCUUUUUGGGUUUAUGACGAAUAUUGGGGUUUCUAAUAGCUUUGCCGCGGAGUUGUGGGGCCUAAGGGAGGGUCUACGGCUGGCAUAUGACAGGGGGCUAAGUAAAGUAAUUUUUGAGUUGGAUUCUGAACCUGUGGUGGCAGUUAUGUGCGGAGAUAAGAUUGCAGAAGAGUGCUCCUCUUCUAUCCUAAAGGACUGCAAAAUCUUGGCGACUAGUAUGAUUCAAGUGAUCUUCCGACAUACUUUGCGUGAGGGUAAUAAAUGCGCGGAUCAUCUGGUCAACUUGGGCCAAAACGGAGAUUGGGGUACUACGUGGCUCGAUAUCCCGCCGUUAAGCUUAAAUCCCCUUUUAGCAGCGGAUGCCUUUGGGGCAAGUGCAGCUAGAGUGUGGUAG